AUGUCCAAAGGCCUUGUUUUGAUCACCGGUGGCACUGGCCAUGUUGGGUUCCGAACCCUCGUCGCAGCCUUGAAGGCCGGAUACCAAGUUCGAGCUGCAGUGCGGUCCGAGUCGAAGAAGGAAGAACUUCUUUCUGCGCCAUCUAUCAAGAAGCUCAACCCCGCAGAUAAGCUCACGUUUGUCAUUGUCCCAGAUCUCAUGGUCGAUGGCGCAUACAACGAAGCAGUCAAGGGCGUCAAUUACAUUCUUCAUAUUGCCUCACCGGUCCCUCUCAAGCAAGAGAUCAAACCAGAGGAUUAUGAAAAGAUAUUGAUUGAGCCCGCCGUCGCUGGAACAACCAAUAUCCUGGAAGCUGCUCUCGGCGCACCCGAUGUCAGGCGCAUUGUGAUCACUUCAUCCGUUGCCGCAAUGGUCUCUGCCAAGUACAUGUUCGACACUAAUGCACCUGAUGGUUUUGUCGUGGACCACAAUUCAAGACUGCCUCCGCCAUCCGGUCCAUAUCCAUCCGACUUCCACGCGUACAAUGCCAGCAAGAUCGUCGCUCUCCAAGCAACUGAGGCCUUUGUCAGAAACCGGAAACCCCAUUUCGACGUGACCAAUAUUCACCCGUCUUUCGUGAUCGGCAAGAACGAGCUCGUGAGGGACGCUAAACAUAUCGCUGUCGGUACUAAUGCGGUUGCUAUCGGGCCGGUUCUUGGAAACAAGUCCGACAACCCCAUUGUCGGCUGCAGUGUUCAUGUCGAUGAUGUUGCAUUCAUGCAUGUCAAGGCUCUUGACCCGAGCGUCCCUGCAGAAAGUUAUAUUGGCAACUCUGAUGACUAUGCUGGAACUAUUUGGCAGAAUGCGACAAGUAUUGUGGCAGAGCAUUUCCCUAAUGCUGUUGCACGCGGCGUUCUCCCUAACAAUGGAACACAGCCAACUAGGAAGUGCAGAAUAAAUGCGAGAAGAACCGAGGAAGUGAUGGGCUUCAAAUUUUUGAGCUUUGAAGAACAGGUCACAAGUGUUGUGAAGCACUUCCUGGAACUGAAGGGAGAAAAGCCCGAGUAG